CGGUUGGACUGUAAAUGUUGGAGCUGGUAACGACUGAGGUGGCAGAUGUAUCCAUCAUUUAUCCACCACGAUCAUUUCUUCGUCUGCUCAACCUAACACACGACUCUCUUCACCUCCCCAUCAGCCCGAUCAAAGUAUACUGUAUCUGGAACCGGCGGUUUUGAGAUGUGGAGCGACGGCGGCGACGGCAGAGUGUUCUGGUCCGAGAGGGAGAAUUUCGCUGAAGAUAAAGUGAAAGGGAUCGUGGUUCUGUUCGCCUGGAUUUCGGUACAAGAAGCUCACUUGAAGAACUACAUCAAUCUCUAUUCUUCUCUUGGAUGGAAAUCUCUCGUCUGUUUCGCGGAUUUUGUCAAUACGUGGAUUAUUUGUUCCAAUGGUUUCAUUAGUGGCCAACAGACUUCUGCAAUGGUUGAAAUGCUGAAUUUUCAAUGGCUUGAAGCAGCAAGAAGUGCCGGUUUAGGAGGAAAGGAAACAUAGGAGUUCGUUAACUUUAUUUCUGCAAUUUCAGCAUUUAAGGAAGACAUAUUGCUACAUAUGGGUGUGCUGUUAGGCGUUUGAUGUGUAACCUGUGAUCUAGAGAUCUCUGUUGUUUAUUUGGAUAUAUUCCUGAGAGGGCCACGUCACUUGCUCUUUCUCUGGUUUGUGAACUUGUUGAGGAGAUAAAGUGCAGACCAUGUCCAGUAGUGCUUGUGUCUAUUUCUGGUGGAUCAAAAGCCUGCAUGUAUAAAUUUGUUCAGAUCAUUGAAGGGGAAUAUGAAGCACUGCUCAAUUUGGGGGGUAGCAAAAUUGUAGCCAAUUGCAUCUGUGGUCACAUAUUUGAUUCUGGUCCUGUUGAUUUUACAGCUGAUUUCGGGGCCCGCUUUGCUCUACCGUCUACCCUUCUCAAAGUGCCUGGUUCUGCAAAGCUUGUGUCUUUGGUAGCAAGAGGUUUUACCUCGGGACUAGAUGCUUUGUUCCUGACUAGAUUUGGUCCCCAGAAUGCUGAAUAUUGGGAAUCUCUCUAUUCCACUAUAAGAUUUGAGGCCCCAUUCCUCAUUUUGUGCUCUGAAAAUGAUGAACUUGCUCCAUUUCAAACGGUGUCUAAGUUCGCUCAGCGGUUGCGAGAUAUUGGGGGAUCAGUUAGAAUUGUGAAGUGGAAGAGCUCACCUCAUGUUGGUCAUUUGGAGAACGAUCCGAUCCAGUACAGAGCUGCUGUAACGGAAUUGCUUGCACUUGCAUCCCUGGUGUUCACCAACAAAGUCAAGAAACUGGGUGAUCAAAAGGACUUGGAAGGUAUACAUGGCGAUAUAUCUGAUUUGGUAUGUAACCUCCAAAGUGCAGCAGUUGACUCGAACAGAAGUCUUAAAAGGGUUGAACUUGGUCCAAACGCACAUUUAUUCUUACCGACUUCAGAAGAGAAUCAGAACAGUGGGGAGGACUAUGGUGAGAAAAAGGACAAAUUGCCACAUAAUAGGCCGACCACGAGUAUUAUUAAUGCCACCCAUAGUGUUCUUGGCCAAAUCCUCUUUGAUGCAUGUGUCCCAAAGAAUGUUGAAGGUUGGGAUAUAAAAUUCUCUAGUUUUCCAGAAGCCCAUCCGUUUACUUCGUAUAAUAAAAAACACUCUCUACAAAAUACAGCCAAGAAGCGCCUUUUCCGAUCACGGAUGUGAAUGACUUAUCUCAAGAGAUUAAUUUUUAACUAAAUAUCACCCAACAAAGCAGACCUCGAAUGAAACUAGAGGUUGUGAGAGGUGAUUUUGACAGGGACUACAAGGAAUUUGAGAACAAUUUGUACUCCGUAUAAAGAAAAAAAAGGGAGAGAGCUGCGUCUUCAUAGCUUCUUCUGUGAUUCUGUUAGCACUCAAAGGUGAAACAGUACUCACUGCAUGUUGACUGGUAAAUAUGUGAGCAGUGAAGGAGUAAUGGCCUAUAUUGUAGGCUUAAAGCGAGUCUGGAGAUCAACAAACGAGAUGAUGUACUUUGUAACAGGUGUAGUCACAUCAAUGAUGAAAAUAUUUGGUCACUCAUUAAAAUGUAGUCCUCUUUUUGUUUCUGCAAAUGUCAUCCUUUUAAUGUGUAGAGAUUAUUACAUUAUUUAACGGUAGAAGUUAAAAGACAUCUUUCAAAUGGAGUUUUUUCCAUUUUCGGUCCCUCGACUAUUGUGUUAGUGACACUUUUGAUACUCGACUUUUAAUUUUUCCAUUUUUAGUCCUCAACUUUGGUGUUAGAGACACUUUUAGUCCUCAACUUCAAAGUGUUCCACAUUUAGUCCUUUGAUAUUAUCAAAUUGACACUUUUAGUCCUUCCACUAUGAUUUUGACACAAUAAGUGACGGACUAAAAAUGUCACUGUUAUAAUAGUUGGAGGACCAAAAGUGUCACUUUUAUGUAAGUCGAAAGACUAUAAAUGGAAAUUUUCAAAGAUGGGUACCAAAAGUGUCUCUAGUAUAAUAGUUGAGGACUAAAAGUGGAAAAAAUCAAAGUCGAGUACCAAAAGUGUCAGUGACAUAAUAGUCGAAGGACUAAAAGUGGAAAAAACUCUUUUAAAUGUGUACUGCCUCCACAGCUGGUAUUCUAACACUUGGUAGAAUUUCAUCAAUUAUGCACUUCUUUGGAGUGUUGGUUAAUCUUUUGGUUGUUCAGUUUAACCCCUCUUGAACUUCAUAAAUUCUUCUAUCAGUUUAAUUGCAG